AUGUCGAACAACUACUCAGCAGAGAUCUCCGGAUUUGUUGAACGGGAUGUGCUAGGGGAAGCUCCGAACGUCAAUGAGAACAAGAAUAAGGAGGUAGCAGGAACUCUAUUAACUUUAAACAAGUCGAGAGAAGAGACUCAUGAAGACCUCCAUGGUAACCUUGGCCUCAUUUAUCCAGAAAGUCUUCAAGAAACUAACACUCCCAUGAUUGUAGAGUCGAAUAAAACAACAACACCAGCUAUUUCUGAGAUACCGUCCCCUCAGGAUCAUCAGCAUGCAGGACCCUCCACAGAGCCUAGAACCGUCUAUUCUUUUUCAGCUCCUACGACCAGCAAAACCAAAAAACGUCCAAGAGUACGCACAGCUCCGGGUGAGAAAACGUUCUUUUGCCAAAUCGAGAACUGUGGAAAAGGAUACACAACAAACAGAGAGUUAAAAAAACACGGAAAGGUCCAUCUUGAUACCACUCAAAGCCAUGAGUGUAAUCAAUGUGACAAGCUGUUCCCUACUAAGACUGCUUUGAACAAUCAUAAAAGGACAGCCCACCCCGCCGAGUUCAAAUGUAGGUUGUGCGACAAAUACUUCGGCCGACGUGUCGGUAUACGGGCACACAUUCAAGAUGAUCAUCCAGAAUUGGACGUAGCGAACACAUUGGUCGAAAUUGAGCAGAAAGAGGGAUUUGACUGCACCGUCAGCAUCUUCCUAUGCAAUGUUUGUCCUUACUGGCACACCGACAAACACUUGUUCAAGGAUCAUAUCGCAAAACGCCACAAAAGUCAAGGGACGGCUGCCACUAUAGCAAAGUGUCUUGCCGAAUCGGAGGAAAGAGACGCUCGCUUCAAGUCAUAUACCUGUACUCUCUGCAUGUGGAAGACUUCUCACAUGGAAGCCAUCAGAGAUCAUGUCGAGGCAGCUCAUCCUAGUGAAGACAAAUAUCAAGUGUCCGCAGCUAUUAUCGGCACCACGAAAGCUGAAGAACUCCCCUACGAAUAUGAGGAAAUAUAUAAAUGUCACCACUGCCAUUGCUACACCGGUAAAUCAGAUCAUGCACUACUCCUCCACAUCAAAGACAGGCACGAAGAGUGGGACGUGUACGAGCUUCGACGACGUUCGAUGAUUGGUAUGGAUUCUAAAGACUUGCUCCCCCAAAGAGGUGUACCGUGGUUCGAAUGCAACUUCUGCCAGCAAGUUAGGAGGCGUGUCAUCAAUAUUAAACACCACGUCCAACGGGUUCACAGGGAUCAUAAAGAAAACUCCAAAGACAACUCCGGUUGUCAACCAGCUUUCUGGAUCGAUUUAUCGGAAGCCGAGUCAAAAGUGCUAGAAGAAGUCGAGGUUAUUAGGAGGGGAGAGCUCGAGAUUUCGGAUGAUAAUCAUAAAGCCACCGAGUAUGGCGAGGAUGGCGAGAAUAGUGAGGGGUACGGGAAUGAUGAUGAGAGUGGGGACGACGAGGACAGGAAUGGGGACGGGAAUGGGAAUGGGGACGAGGAACCAAUCAGCAAGUUUAGGAAGGUUGACAAUAUUAGAAAAUCUAAGGGAUUCUCUAAGAGCGUGUGA